AUGCAAAAGGAGAAUUCUUAUUGUUUUCCACUCCGGAGCAAGUUCCGAGAUGCUGGAGGAACGCUGCUGGCCUUCAGCCUGAAUGCAUUUCCCAAAGCGAGCUCGGGGUUGCGAGGUUCGCGUAACAUUCCGCUCUGCAAAGCAGGUGGGAGGGCAAGCCUGGAGCCUGAACUUUUGCAGAGGAUCGUGGCACUUCGAAGUGACUUUCCUGAGCCAGGCCGUGUUGCGCUAGGCGCUGGACAGACACAGAGUACUGCUGUCUCCAAGCGUCCCAAAAUCUGGAGUCGCCUCCCACCGCCUCCAGAUCACGAGAUUGACUUAAAAAAUCACAAGAUCCUUUUCGUUUGGCUCCUGGGCUGGGAGCCUGCAGGGGCCACGUGUUUGAGCUUUUCUCUGCCACCGGGUGGGCUGCAAAGGUCCGAGCUGAGACUCAGCACAUCACGCUAUGUCCCCGUCUCCGAGCGCACAGGAUGCUGCACGCUACACCCUGCCAUUCGUAAAGCUGUCCCACGGCUGGGCCCAGAAGAAGUCAUGGACUGGAGAAACACUGGCACUUUGAAAAAGAACAGAGCUGAGGGGUUUUCCAGAAAAGAAGGGCUGGUUCCACACCUUAUCCAGACCCUGCUGAGCCGAACAACCAUUGUUCAGAGAGGAACUGAAAAUAUCCUUCCCGGCUCACGUGGCAGCUUGAUGGGCACAACCAGCUGUGAGACCACUGGGAACAACCUGCAGCUGCCUCAGGAGGAUCACACUGAGGACCUUGGGCAGCACACGAGGAACUUCAGCAAGUCAUUGGGACAAUCCAACUCCUGCCAGUCAGUUGAAAACCAGCUGCACCGAGCAAGGGUGAGAGACUGGGACAGUGGCAUCUGCUCCACAAACCGUCUCCUGGCUGUGUCUACAGUUAUUCUGAUCGCUCAGAACCUGGCAGGCAAGGAUAAAAUCAUGACUCCAAUCAAUUACACUUGAAAUAAAUAUUUAUGGCUUAUUAUUUUUUGGCAGGGAAGAGUAAAAAACCUGUCCCUGGCUCGUGAAAGGAAAUUAGUUGUUGAUUAGUAUUUAGAUUAGCACAUGGUGCGGAGUUUAAUGAAGAGCAGUCAUUUCAAAUGGUGCAGUUUCUGCGCGUGUAUGGAAAACUCAUCUAAAAUAUGGGCUUGUGUGGAGGUAGGAGACCAAAGAAAGCAGAGCUAUUGGGCCUGUUCUCCGCUGACCUGCCCCGUGGGCGAGUAUUUACACUAUUGCAAAACAGAGGUGACACGCUGCCAGUAAGCCAGUUUGCACGAAUGUAAGUAACUACACUAGGUGUAAGGAAAUUGAGAAGGAGGCCCAAUCUAGCCAGCCAUCCCCAGUGUUUGCUGAUUUCUGGGAGCCAAACUGAGAUGCCAUUUCUCCCAACAGUUCUGAGUUUGGAGGGAUUGUCCCAUUUUGACCCCCCCAGCCCACCCUCUCUUCUGGUUGAAGCGGAACAUUUCCCGCAUUAUGCUUGCUGUGUUAUUAAAGUAGAAUCAGUUACUAUGAGUGAAUGAAAAUACAAUUCUAACAGAGGGUGAAAGCAUAGUCACAAAGCGGUAUUUCACUUGUGCGAAGUCACAACCCCACGUGUUUCUCUGGGGUGGUGUGAUGAAGUGGGAAUGUUCUUAAUGUUUUCUCUGAAUACUGUGUGGGUGCCUCGG